AUGUCUAAGCGCCGGCUAAAAAGAACCAUUGCGCCUUGCUCAUCUGAUAUUUACGACAGUUUACAGUUUCAAAAUAAUGGUUAUGUCAAGAUAAAAGAACUGAUAUCACACGUUGUCAUCGAAAACAGCUUUAUGUCCAAUGCAAUAGCAGACGAAGCUGGAAUACGACGGGCCGCUGAACCUACAGUAAAGGAACAGGUUCACAAGUUCAGAAAAUGGAAAAAUAAAACUCGCUGUGUAUCGAAAGACCCUACGAUGAAAGAUUUCAGAGCUCGUAAAAGAGAUAUGGUGUACAGAUGGUUCGAAAGACAUUUGCCUAAGGAGAAAGUAGAAGUCCUUUCCCAUGAAAAACAAUUGAGCAGCAUUGACUUGCAUUUUUUGCCCUCAAAUGUCAUCGUCGGAUGUUCGAGGGAGUUGAGUAAACCGGGAUCACCUCAAGUUUUAGGAAGCCCAAAUUUUGGCCCUAAGGAAGAGUUCAAUGAACGUUUUUUCAAUAUCGCUAGUUGUCCUGUAAAGAGAGAAUUUCGUGAAUUAGUUUUUGAACUAAAUGAUGAAAACCAGAAUUAUUAUACAUCCCUCAGGGCUUCUAGGAAACCUGUCAUACAAGGCCAAAAAAAUGCACAUGCGUCUCAGUUUAUUGUUGGUAAGGAGCAUCGGACCAAUUUUUAA